CGAACGAACGCCAUUGCGGAGUUGCGCCUUUUACCGCCAAAUAUUUAAAUUCCGAACUUGUAAAAAUUGUUGCCUACGCUUCAAUUAUUUUUUAAUGACUGUGUUGUUUAUUGUGCAGUAGUGUUGUAAUUGAUAUUUUUCUAGAAAGAACCAAAAUAAAAAUGACAAUUUACAGCAAAAUUGUUCAAAUCAUAUUAGUCAGUGUGUAACUUUGGCAAAUCGAUCUAAUUUGGAAUACGCAUGAUAGCUGAAGGAUUUGACGAGACAAUGACAGAAGCGGUGGUGGGUGGUGCGGCGCUGGCUUGGCGGUUGCUGGCUACCCUAGAGGGUGGAUCAUUUCUACUUGCCACGUCGGCCCUGCUUGCGUAUACUGCUCGAAAAAGGCUCGCUAAACGACCACAGCGCCGAAGGAGGGUUAUAAAUAGUGUUCUUAUCACAAACAGCGAUAACAUAUUAGGAAGGAAUUUAAAAACACAACUAGAAUCUCGGGGUUGUGCUGUUAAGCUGGCGACAGAAGAUAUCCUGGAUGGAGCGAGGAGCGGAGCCGUGACCAGAGUGGACGCUCUAGUAGUGAUUGGCGCUGUGCCGAGAACGGAAUGUUUGAACGGCAUGGCCGAGUUUGUGUCGGAGGACGUGUAUAAUAACUUGAAAACACUCGAGAAACUCUCUGUAAUGGUGAAGCCGGGAGGGUGCAUAGCAUGGGCGUGCGCGGGAGCGGGAGCGGACAACGGCGCGUAUAGCACGGCCGGGGCUGCGUUCGAUGCGGUUGUACAAGCCAGUUUACAACACGUUGCUGAAAAUUCUCAUUGUGAACCUAUAUGGAUAGACCGCAGUGAAGGUGCUGAGCGGACGGCGCAGCGAGUGCUCUGUGCUCUUUUGCCUUGUACCACCGCCAACAAUGCUUCUAGAUUUUCUAUCAGAGACGCCGCUAUGAAAAUAGGAGAACAUGUCUGCAGAUGGCUAAAAAUUAUAACGUGAUAAUUCUACCUCACUUUAUGACGACUACAUCUAUUUAUUAGAGCUCUUGUAAUGUUAGAUUGUUAAUAAAAGGUGUGUAAAAUUUCAU